UUGUGUGAGUAAAGGGAUGAGCUCGUAGUGCCAGGAGCUGUUGAGGUUGUUACAGUGGGAUGCAGCGCACAGGAGGUUUUAUAGAUGUGUGUUCUGUUAACGUACCUGCAUGCCUGAAAUCAUUCAGAGAAAACUGAAAACUCACACACAGAACAGCUGCCAAAGUCAAUCAAAACACUUUAAAUGUAUAUAUAUAAAUAUAUAUUAAAAUAUAUAAAUAUAGGUGUGUAUAUUUACAUUUCACUUUUCUUAUAUGUUGCAUUCCUAAAGACCAUACCCAGAUACUCCAAUGCCACCCCUUGUGUCAGGAUACAUUGUGAGCUGAGAUCAUCCCUGGCCUCUCUGAGCUGGGGACCCCCAGCACCCCUUGAAUAUCCUCACAGCACACCUGGGAUUAGCUGCUUAAAUUCCCUCUUCUCCACAAAAUGAGUUACAAGCUACCAAAUUACCACUUCCCACCAGUUUUAACUGUUAAUUUCAUCCAUUCAACAAAUGAAGGCAGGUGUUUGUGUGGGAAUAGACAAGAGAUUUUUAAGCAAGCUGAGUAGGUGUUUCUAUUAUUUUAGCCCAGUGGACAGCAUGGGCUGUAUCGCUCUGUGCCAUUGUUGCAUGACAUUCCUCUUGGCACAGGGUUUAUUUUUAGCCAGAGACUAUCACAAGUAUUUUUCAGCAGGACUGUCACUGCUCCUGAACAAGGAAUCAUAUUACUGCAAGAACUUUGCUGAAACAAAGAAGAUAUAUUGGACAAAUGGGAAAUUAUAAAUCUAGACCAACCCAGACUUGCACGGAUGAAUGGAAGAAGAAAGUCAGUGAAUCCUAUGUCACAGUCACAGAGAGGUUGGAGGACGACCUGCAAAUCAAAGAAAAGGAGUUGGCAGAGUUGAAGCAUGUUUUUAGCUCUGAUGAAGCCUUCUGCAAAGUCAAUUUAAAUUACCGCACUGAGAACGGGCUCUCGCUGCUCCACCUGUGCUGUGGAUGUGGGGGCAACAAAUCGCAUAUCAGAACUCUGAUGCUGAAAGGGCUGCGCCCAUCCAGGCUGACAAGAAAUGGAUUUACAGCUCUGCACUUGGCAGCUUAUAAGGACAACGUGGAGCUGCUCACAGCACUGCUGCAUGGCGGGGCUGACAUCCAGCAGGUCGGGUAUGGAGCGCUCACGGCCCUGCACGUUGCCACCAUCGCCGGCCACCACAAGGCUGUGGAUAUUCUCCUGCAGCACGGGGCCUAUGUGAAUGUGCAGGAUGCUGUGUUCUUCACCCCCCUGCACAUUGCUGCUUAUUAUGGCCACGAGCAGGUAACCCACCUCUUACUGAAGUUCGGAGCUGAUGUGAAUGCAAGUGGUGAAGUUGGGGACAGACCUCUCCAUCUGGCUGCUGCCAAAGGCUUUCUCAACAUCACAAAGCUCUUGAUGGAAGAGGGAAGUAAAGCUGAUGUGAAUGCUCAGGACAAUGAAGAUCAUGUUCCUCUGCACUUCUGCUCUCGAUUUGGGCAUCAUGAAAUUGUGAAGUUCUUACUGCAGAGCAGCUUCGAAGUGCAGCCUCACGUGGUGAAUAUCUACGGAGACACACCCCUACACCUUGCCUGUUACAAUGGGAAGUUUGAAGUUGUCAAAGAAAUAAUUCAGCUCUCAGGAACAGAAAGUCUCACUAAAGAAAAUAUAUUCAGUGAAACAGCUUUUCACAGCGCUUGCACCUAUGGAAAGAACAUAGAACUUGUCAAGUUUCUUCUUGACCAGAAUGUUGUAAGCAUCAAUCACCAGGGAAGAGAUGGGCACACAGGAUUGCACUGCGCUUGCUACCAUGGCCACAUUCGCCUUGUGCAGUUCCUGCUGGAUAACGGAGCUGAUAUGAAUCUGGUAGCGUGUGAUCCCAGCAGGUCCAGUGGAGAAAAGGAUGAGCAGACCUGUUUGAUGUGGGCUUAUGAGAAAGGUCAUGAUGCCAUUGUGACCCUCCUGAAGCAUUACAAGAGACCUCAGGAUGAAUCCCCCUGCAAUGAAUACUCCCAGCCUGGAGGAGAUGGUUCCUACGUGUCAGUGCCAUCCCCUCUGGGGAAGAUUAAAAGCAUGACAAAAGAGAAGGCUGACGUUCUCCUCCUCCGCGCUGGUUUGCCGUCGCACUUCCACCUUCAGCUCUCCGAGAUAGAGUUCCACGAGAUUAUCGGCUCAGGGUCUUUUGGAAAAGUCUACAAGGGACGAUGCAGAAAUAAAAUCGUUGCAAUCAAACGCUAUCGAGCCAACACCUACUGCUCCAAGUCUGACGUGGACAUGUUCUGCCGGGAGGUUUCCAUUCUCUGCCGACUGAACCAUCCGUGUGUCAUCCAGUUUGUGGGAGCGUGCCUGGAUGACCCUAGCCAGUUUGCCAUCGUCACCCAGUACAUCUCCGGGGGAUCGCUCUUUUCCCUGCUCCAUGAACAGAAGAGAACUCUUGAUCUGCAGUCUAAAUUAAUCAUUGCUGUAGAUGUGGCCAAAGGCAUGGAGUACCUCCACAAUCUCACACAGCCCAUCAUACAUCGGGAUUUGAACAGUCACAAUAUUCUCCUGUAUGAGGAUGGUCAUGCUGUAGUUGCUGAUUUUGGAGAAUCUCGAUUUCUGCAAUCCCUGGAUGAAGACAACAUGACAAAACAACCUGGGAACCUGCGCUGGAUGGCCCCCGAGGUGUUCACCCAGUGCACGAGGUACACCAUCAAAGCUGACGUCUUCAGCUACGCUCUGUGCCUCUGGGAGCUGUUAACAGGAGAAAUUCCAUUUGCUCACCUGAAACCAGCGGCAGCAGCAGCAGACAUGGCCUAUCACCACAUCCGCCCACCCAUCGGCUACUCCAUCCCCAAGCCCAUCUCUGCCCUGCUGAUGAGGGGCUGGAACGCCUGUCCCGAGGGGAGACCAGAGUUCUCAGAAGUUGUCACAAAGUUAGAGGAGUGUCUGUGCAAUAUUGAGUUAAUGUCUCCAGCCUCCAGCAACAGCAGUGGGUCCCUGUCUCCCUCCUCCUCCUCGGACUGCCUCGUGGCCCGGGGAGGUCCCGGCCGCAGCCACGUCGCCGCACUGCGCAGUCGGUUCGAGUUGGAAUACGCCCUGAACGCUCGAGCCUACGCUGUCUGGUCACAGGGCACUGGGCAACCCCCUUCUCAGGGCCUGUCUCUGGAUGACAUGAGAAGGAACUUCCAGUACCCCUCAGUCGACAAAAAUGGGUACGUGUCGGACCCCUUAAGCACAAUGAGGUUCCACUCCUGCGGCAGCAGCGGCAGCUUCGAGGAGAGCAGCUGAGGGAGGGACCGUUCGGCUGCCGCCGGCCUGGCCACCGACCCACAGCUCUUGCUGCACCACCAAACCCCAAGUGUCACACCGAGAUCCCUGAACAGCUUUAGUGUUGAUGGCAAAUAUCCCCAUCCUGCGUUCUGCUUUAGCAUCCCCCUCUGCUGACCUGCCCGAGGGCUGGGUUUUGGUGCUGUGCUGCUGUUCUGUAACACAGGAAUGCCCACAAGGAAUGCUGCACUUUCAUCUUGGGCACUGAUAACACGAUGAGAUGAAAGUAAAGAAACAUCAGUUAUAUUCCAGAGCUUUGAGGCAGAUUGCUCUCAGCUUGGAUGGCCCUGAGGCAGGGGGCUGUCAGCCCACCCUGGCUGGGAGGUGCCCAGGAAUCGCCAGUCCCAUCCCCAUCUAGAUAAGGAGCAGCCUGUCACCCUCACCUCCCUCCACCCACCAUGGAAGCUUGGUUGUUCCUGGUCCCGGCUUCUGAACCAGACCUGGUUUGGAUUUCUCCACAGCCCCAGACACAUUCCGUGUCCCAUUCCCUGCUCCAUAGGUUGGCCCAGCUCCCCAUCACAGCAGCCCCAGCUGCAGUUUGUCAGGGCUCUGACCCUUGGGUGCUCUCCUGCAUGCUGAGAACAUGGACAUAUCUGGGUGUCCAUCUUCCAUCAACUCCUCCAGACAUCCAUGUUUUGUUAUCCACUUGGUUUGGUUUGAGGGAUUGUUUUUCCCCGAGAA